GUGUAGACGGGAGGGAGUGGUCAGUAGGCCUUUUCCGCUUGUCGCCCCCCUCUAGCCCACAGUCUCGCUGCCCUGAGCCUCCCGUGCCGGCCGGCCGGCAGGGUGGACAGGCGGGCGCGCGGGGGGCGCGCGGGGGGCGGGGGGAGUUCCGGUUCCGGUUCUUUGUGCAGCUGCAGCAGCGGCUCCGGGGAAGAUGGCGGCCCGGGCGGGUUUUCAGUCUGUGGCUCCGAGCGGCGGCGCUGGAGCCUCAGGGGGGGCGGGCGCGGCGGCUGCCCUGGGCCCGGGCGGGACUCCGGGGCCUCCCGUGCGAAUGGGCCCGGCGCCGGGUCAAGGGCUGUACCGCUCCCCGAUGCCCGGAGCGGCCUAUCCGAGACCAGGUAUGCUGCCAGGCAGCCGAAUGACACCUCAGGGACCUUCCAUGGGACCCCCUGGCUAUGGGGGGAAUCCUUCAGUCCGACCUGGCCUGGCCCAGUCAGGGAUGGACCAGUCCCGCAAGAGACCUGCGCCUCAGCAGAUACAGCAGGUCCAGCAGCAGGCGGUCCAAAAUCGAAACCACAAUGCAAAGAAAAAGAAGAUGGCUGACAAAAUUCUACCUCAAAGGAUUCGUGAACUGGUACCAGAAUCCCAGGCCUAUAUGGAUCUCUUGGCUUUUGAAAGGAAGCUGGACCAGACUAUCAUGAGGAAACGGCUAGAUAUCCAGGAGGCCUUGAAACGUCCCAUCAAGCAAAAACGGAAGCUGCGAAUUUUCAUUUCUAACACUUUCAAUCCGGCUAAGUCAGAUGCCGAGGAUGGGGAAGGGACUGUGGCUUCCUGGGAGCUUCGGGUAGAAGGACGGCUCCUGGAGGAUUCAGCCUUGUCCAAAUAUGAUGCCACCAAACAAAAGAGGAAAUUCUCUUCUUUUUUUAAGUCCUUGGUGAUCGAACUGGACAAAGACCUGUAUGGGCCAGACAACCAUCUGGUAGAAUGGCACAGGACCGCCACUACCCAGGAGACGGAUGGCUUCCAGGUGAAGCGGCCAGGAGAUGUGAAUGUACGGUGUACUGUCCUACUGAUGCUGGACUACCAGCCUCCCCAGUUUAAAUUAGACCCUCGCCUGGCUCGGCUCCUGGGCAUCCACACCCAGACCCGUCCAGUGAUCAUCCAAGCACUGUGGCAAUAUAUUAAGACACACAAGCUCCAGGACCCUCAUGAGCGGGAGUUUGUCAUCUGUGACAAGUACCUCCAGCAGAUCUUUGAGUCUCAACGUAUGAAGUUCUCAGAGAUCCCUCAACGGCUCCAUGCCUUGCUUAUGCCACCAGAGCCCAUCAUCAUUAAUCAUGUCAUCAGUGUUGACCCGAAUGAUCAGAAAAAGACCGCCUGUUACGACAUUGAUGUGGAAGUGGAUGAUACUCUGAAGACCCAGAUGAAUUCUUUUCUGCUGUCUACUGCCAGCCAGCAGGAGAUUGCUACUCUAGACAACAAGAUCCAUGAGACAAUAGAAACUAUCAAUCAGCUGAAGACCCAGCGGGAGUUCAUGCUGAGCUUUGCCAGAGACCCUCAGGGUUUCAUCAAUGAUUGGCUUCAGUCCCAAUGCCGGGACCUCAAGACCAUGACUGAUGUGGUGGGGAACCCAGAGGAAGAGCGCCGAGCUGAGUUUUACUUCCAGCCUUGGGCCCAGGAGGCUGUGUGCCGAUACUUCUACUCCAAGGUGCAGCAGAGACGACAAGAAUUAGAGCAAGCCCUGGGAAUUCGAAAUACAUAGGGCCUCCCUCACAGCCCUGAUUCGGCUGCACCGAUUCUUAUUUGGGCCCUGUGCUGCCUGCCUCAUAGCACCUGCCUUGGUCUUGCUUGGGGCCUUCCAGGGGAUGCUGUUGGUUCAAGGACAACACCAGAAUGAAGAGGGUCUCACAUUUCUGUCUCAUAAGACACCUGUUACCCUCUUCUCCCACCCCAUCCCUUCCUGUCCCCCAGCUUCCCUUUGCCCCACAAAGUUCCCAUGUGCCUCUACCCUCCCCUGGUCUACAUAGGACCUCUAGAUAGUGUUAGAGAGAACCUGUAGUGGUAAUCAGUGCAUUGAAUGGAUUGGGCCUAAGGCCAGGUGGUCUUCAAGGGGACCGGCUACACUGACCCUGCCCUUCAGAGACCCAGGAGUUGGGAGCUUUAGCCCCUUCUCUGAGACUCAGGCCUGGGGGCACUCUAUAAGCUAGUUGAUCUUGGCUCUCCUGAUAACAGAAUCCAAUUUCCUUCCUUCCCUCCACAGGUUUGGAGCACACCCCUCCUUCACUUGUUGCCCUCUAGCACUAAAGGAACCCUGGUUCUUGGGCUCCACUGAGCCCCAGGUCAGUCCACAGCCCUCUGGAUUGGCCUGCUGCCUCAGUGCUUCUCUUACUCCCUCGUAGGGGGUCCACAUCAGUAUUGGAGUUUGUUUUUUAACUGUUGCUCCCUCCCAGCACACUCCCUAUAGCUGCUCUUUGUAGGAUUCCUCUGCUAUCCAUCUGUCCUAAUUCAGGGCAUUUGGGUGGGGGGAUCUUGCCUUUCCCUGUCAGAGCCCCAGGGAUCUAACCUGGGGGUACUAUCAUUGCCAGCAGAGGCUGUUCCUGCUGUUGCUUGGAGGUGUGACUCAUUUGUUCACUCCACCCUGCCUCCCUCAUCCUUUCAUGGAGAAACAGGCCUGAAAUCAAACGGGUAAAAGCCCUGGGCCAUCCCUGUCUUCCUGUCCCUUGUUUGCCCAGUUGACACCCACUGGUGACUUCUAGGGCACUGAGGAGUGAAAGCGCCUAGGGCUAGCGAAUAGCUCUGAGUUGGGUUUGUGACUCUUCCCUCUCCCUGCCUCACAGGAUUGUGACUCUCCAGCCCCUGCCCUCAAAGCUUCAGACCCCUCAGGUAGCAGCAGGACCUUGUGAUCUUGGCCCCUUGGAACUGAGAUGGUUUUGCAUCUUUCCAGGAGAGCCUCAGAUUCUUCUUCCAGGUUGUAUCACCCCGAGUUAGCAUAUCCCAGGCUCGCAGACUCAACAUAGCAGGGUGGGAGACAGCUGGGCACAGAGGGGGAAUUCCGUUCAGCCUGGGCUCUAACCCCACAGAACUGACAAAGCCCCUGCUUCCCCACCCCCUCCUCAGGCUCCUGCGAGCACAUCUUCCAGCCCCAUAUCCCUGCGUGUUCCCCACUGAGGACAGCAGAAUUUUCUCCCCAUCUUCCCCUUCCUGCCAUUAUCCCACCCCUCCCUUAAAAGGUUCUCCCCACAGAGACACUGGACAACCUCUGUCCUUGGGGCUGGAACCAUGAGAAGGAAGCUCAGCACUCCUACAUAGUGUCCCUGUUGAAGAUAACUGUUUUUAUUAACUGAAUUAUUAUGUUUUUUUCAUGGACCAAAAUUUUUUUUGUACUGUCCCCUUAUCGAUGUCACCCAGUUUUAAUAAAAGAAUCUUCUGAA